AUGGGUUUGUUACCGGAUCUUUUUACUUUGUCUAUUUUGAUUAAUUGCUUUUGUAAUGUGGGUCGAGUUUGUGAUGGUUUUGUUGUUUUGGGGGAGAUUUUGAGGUGGGGUUUUAGCCCAGAUGUUGUGACUUUGACUUCUUUGAUUAAAGGUUUGUGUUUGGAGAAUAGGGGUACGGAGGCUACGAGGUUGUUCAAGAAAAUGGUUGUCUUUGGGGUUAGGCCUGACGUGACUACGUAUGGGACUUUGAUUACCGGCUUCUGUCGGACAGGGAAUACGAGUAUUGCACUUAGGAUACACGAAGAAAUGGUUAAUAGGAAUGGUGAACGGGGUUUCAUUUGUAAGCCUAAUAUUGUUUGUUAUAGUAGUAUUAUUGAUGGUCUUUGUAAAGAUGGGUUGGUAGAUAGGGUAAAAGAAUUGUUUAUAGAAAUGAAGAGUAGAGGAAUUAAGCCAGAUGUGGUUGUUUGUAACUCUUUAAUUUACGGUUGGUGUUUUGUGGGAAAUCUGGAGGAGGCUAAAGGCUUGUUUAUUGAGAUGGUGGAUCAAGGUUUGCAGCCUAAUUUACUGACUUAUAAUACAAUGAUAAGUGGGUUUUGCAAGGAGGGGAACAUAGAGGAAGCUAAUGGAUUGCUGGAAUUUAUGAUCCAAAGAGGUUUCCAACCAAACACGUUUAGUUAUAACACUUUGAUGGAUGGUUAUUGCUUGCUGCGUAGAUUUGUUGAUGCAAGGGAGCUGCGUAUCUUCAUGGAGAGUAAGGGUUGUAUGCCUGAUGUUGUCAGUUAUACUACUUUGAUCAAUGCCUAUGGCAAGAAUAGGAAGUUAGAGAAUGCUAUGAGUAUGUACAAGGAAAUGGUUUCAAAGGGAAUUAGACCAACAGUAUAUACAUAUAACGGUUUGUUAACUAGUCUAUUUCUAUCAAAUAAGGUUGGAGCUGCACAGAAACUAUUUGAUGAGAUGAAACUUAGUAAUUUUGCACCGAAUUCAUUUACAUAUAAUAUUUUGAUUGAUGGUCUAUGCAAGAAUGGCCGUGUUCUGGAGGCAGCAAAAUGGUUUCGUGCUUUGGAGUACUAUGAGUUUAAAAUUGAUAUUGAAAUCUUCAACAGCCUCAUUGAUGGGUUGUGUAAAAAGGGAAUGCUUGAAAUUGCUUUGGAGUUAUUUCACAAGUUGCCUAAAAAAGGCUUAAUGCCAGACGUUGUGACAUAUUCCAUUUUAACCCAUGGGUUUUGCAAAAAAGGGAAACUGCAAAAUGCAUAUGAUUUGUUAUCAGAUAUGGAAAAGAAUGGUUGUGCUCCAAAUGUUGUUACAUUCAAUACUCUUAUGCGAGGUUUUUUACAAAAUAAUGAGGCAGCUAAAGUGGUUGAACUUCUUCACAAAAUGAAGGACCGAAUUGUGAUGCCAGAUGAAUCCACAUUUUCCAUAGUUGUCGAUCUACUUUUAAAGCAUGAAAAUUAUCAUGAAUGUUUAGAGUUGCUUCCUUCAUUUCCUCCCGUCCAAAAGUCAACAAGAAGCUGAAAUGAUAAAUGAUAAACCAUCUUCAAUGCUGUGAAUGUCUGUAAGUUUAUGCU